CUCCAUCCCAGCCAAACCCACUUCUGCCUCCCCCGAUCCGGCGCGCUUUUCCCCUCGUCGCGUUUAAAUUCCUUCUUCGAGCCUCUUUCUCUGGGUCCUGUCCUGCCUGUCAACUCUGAACCGAGUCCGGGUUGCGCUCUGACAGCCACCGGAAACCAACUGCCCGCCCAGGAUGCAUCUGAUUCCGAAGGAGCUUGACAAGCUCGUCAUCUCCCAACUGGGCUUCCUGGCCCAGCGCCGGCUCGCACGUGGUAUCCGACUCAACCAUGCUGAAGCCACGGCUUUGAUCUCGUCCAACCUGCAGGAGCUGAUCCGCGAUGGACAAUACUCUGUGGCCGAUCUCAUGUCCAUCGGCAAGACCAUGCUGGGUCGCCGUCAUGUCCUCCCAUCGGUCGUCUCGACAUUGGUCGAAUUGCAGGUCGAAGGAACGUUUACCACGGGUACCUAUCUUGUGACAGUACACAACCCCAUCAGUAGCGAUGACGGAGACCUGGAAAAGGCUCUCUACGGCAGUUUUCUUCCGAUACCCCCCGCCGAUGCUUUCCCCGACCCCGAUCCGGCCGACUACGAACCCGAAAAGAUGCCCGGUGCGAUCUUGCCCGUGAGGAACGAGCGCAUCACCCUGAACGAAGGAAGGAAAAGAAUCAAGCUUAAGGUGAUGAGCAGGGGUGAUCGGCCCAUCCAGGUUGGAUCGCAUUACCACUUUAUCGAAACGAACCCACAGCUGCACUUCGACCGUCUCCGAUCAUAUGGAUAUCGUCUCGACAUCCCCGCCGGUACAUCUGUGCGAUUUGAGCCUGGAGAUACCAAGAUGGUUACACUGGUGGAGAUUGGAGGCAAUAAGAUCAUCCGUGGAGGUAAUUGCAUUGCUUCGGGCAAGGUCGACCUUGCCCGCGCCGAGGAGAUCAUGCUCCGUCUGCAGGUGCAAAACUUUGCCCAUGUCCCAGAGCCCACCGCCGACAGCGCGCUGGUUGUGACCCCCUUCUCGAUGGAGCGCGAGGUUUACGCUCGAAUGUUCGGUCCCACUACGGGUGAUCUGGUGCGGCUGGGACUGACCAACCUGUGGGUUCGUGUGGAAAAGGACUACACAUCCUACGGAGAUGAGUGCACAUUCGGCGGAGGCAAGACAAUUCGUGACGGCAUGGGCCAGUCUUCUGAGCAAUCCACGAAUGAUAGUCUGGACACGGUUGUCACGAACGCUCUAAUCAUUGACUGGACGGGUAUCUUCAAGGCCGAUAUUGGUAUCAAGGACGGAAUAAUCGUGGGGAUUGGUAAAGCUGGAAACCCCGAUAUCAUGGACAAUGUCACCCCAGGUAUGGUGAUCGGCUCUUCAACCGAUGUGAUUGCAGGAGAAAACAAGAUCAUUACCGCUGGAGGCUUUGACACCCACAUCCACUUCAUCUGUCCCCAGCAGGUGGACGAGGCACUGGCCUCAGGUAUCACGACGUUCUUGGGAGGGGGAACCGGUCCCUCGACCGGCUCCAACGCCACGACAUGCACGCCCGGACCCGUACACAUGCGCCAGAUGAUCCAGGCCUGCGACCGCCUACCCAUCAACGUCGGUAUCACCGGUAAGGGCAACGACUGCGGCGGUGUAAGUAUCGAGGAGCAGAUCUAUGCCGGUGCCGCCGGAUUGAAGCUGCACGAAGAUUGGGGCUCGACGCCUGCCGCCAUUGACUCUUGUCUCGACAUGUGCGACAAGUUUGAUGUCCAAUGCAUGAUCCACACCGACACUUUGAACGAAUCCGGCUUUGUUGAGCAAACCAUCGAAUCAUUCAAGAACCGCACCAUUCAUACCUACCACACCGAAGGUGCCGGUGGCGGUCACGCCCCGGACAUCAUCUCCGUCGUGGAACAUCCCAACGUGCUUCCCAGUAGCACUAACCCGACCCGUCCUUUCACCCUCAACACUCUCGACGAACAUCUCGACAUGCUUAUGGUCUGCCACCAUCUGUCUAAGAACAUUGCCGAGGAUGUCGCUUUCGCGGAGAGCCGUAUCCGCGCUGAAACCAUCGCGGCCGAAGACGUGCUCCACGACCUCGGCGCCAUCAGCAUGAUGUCCUCUGACUCCCAGGCCAUGGGCCGCUGCGGUGAAGUCAUCCUGCGGACGUGGAACACCGCCCACAAGAACAAGGAGCAGCGCGGUCCGCUGCCCGAGGACGAAGGCACCGGCGCCGACAACUUCCGCGUGAAGCGAUACGUCAGCAAAUACACCAUCAACCCGGCCAUUGCGCAGGGUAUGUCCCACAUGAUCGGCAGUAUCGAGGUCGGCAAGAUCGCCGAUCUGGUCCUCUGGUCGCCCAGCUCGUUUGGCGUGAAGCCAGCCCAGGUUGUAAAGAGCGGCAUGAUCGCAGUCUCUAAGAUGGGUGAUCCCAACGCCUCCAUCCCCACCGUCGAACCCGUCAUCAUGCGCCCUCAAUUCGGCGCCCUCGUCCCCUUCACCUCCAUCAUGUUCGUCUCUCAAGCCUCCCUCGACGCGGGAGUUGUUCAAACCUACAACCUGCAAAAACGCAUCGAAGCCGUCAAAAACUGCCGCAACAUCGGCAAGGCCGAUAUGAAGUUCAAUGAUAUCAUGCCGAAGAUGAAGGUCGAUCCGGAGAGUUAUCGCGUCGAAGCCGACGGCGUGCUCUGCGAAGCGGAGCCAGCGGGCACUUUGCCCCUGACUCAGGAUUAUUUUGUUUAUUAGUUGAUAUCUAUGCCGAUGGUUGAAUGUUGGAUAUUGGGUUCUUUGACUUGUUAUGAUAUUCCAUUUUGUUGUAUAGACUUACUUGGACUUUAUUUAUUCGUUGACAUGUUUUCAUACGUGGUGAUGUGGGGAGGUAUUCAUGAGGGCUGUAUAUAGUGAACUGACUGGAGGGAUGAUGGAAUCAUGCAUGAAUGACUGGAUGAAUUUCUUUCUUUCUUUCUUUUCUUUUUCUUUUUUUUUCUCUCGGGCAUAGCACUCAAACAUUAUACUUACUACUGUGGUUCCUUGGGAUAU